GCCUAAUAGAAGGCCCACUGUAGCAUAUCUACCCUUCCAUAUAUCAAAGAAUGGGUAUGUCUUAACGUUUGUACAUAGUCACAUUGUGCCAGACUAAAUAAAGACAUACAAAUACCCAAAAUGACCAACAACAAUAAUAUAAGCAUUCCAGCGCCCAAGAAAUAUGAUCGAACGCUUAUACAUAAGCCGAUCGCGGAGCCUGGGAAUGCUGAGCAUGCACUUUGCAGCUCAAGUGGUCAAGCCAUACAUAAACAUAUGCAUGCCUUCUGCAUACAUAUGUAUAUGUAUAAAUGCAAUUCAGAAAUAUAUAGAGAUAAGCAAUAUAUGUGCGGGUUAGCUGAACCCAAAAUCAGCUCAGAAGAUUCAUUCAAAUAAAGAACCAUGAAGUGACCGGAUCGCUCUCUCUCUUUUUGACAAAGAUAUAUUAUAUUAAUUACAUGGCGAUAAUAUAUUAAUUACAUGGCGACCGUGACUUAAAGAACCAAACUGUGAGUGAAAUUUUGAUUUCUGGCAGUGUAUGCAGCGCACCACCCGGAAGGGGAAGACCUCCGCCACAGCCGUCUACAUCAUAAACGGCAAAUUAAUAAUUUGUACAAUCCGGAAGAGAACCCGGACCGAAGUGAUUUAAUGUGUAAAAAAAAAUACCGUGUAAAUGAAUGGCGGAUGAGCCAGAAUUCGAAAAAGCGGAGCCAAAAAGGCAGAAAGAUCCGCCAACAUUAAAAGAAGCUUUAGAAAACCCAACAGACGGACCACGCCCACUCACAAUAGCUGAGUAUCGGGCUCGACAGCAAAAGAAAAUAAUUAAAAAACAUAAAAGAAGUGGCCGUCGGGUCAAGCUUCUCCAACAACGGCGGCUGGUCAAAGAAAUGACCCAGCUCGCCAAAGAUGAAGAGAACCGGCAACGCUACAAAGAGCGUUUGGAACAAAUUGAAGAAAAACUUCGCACUGGUGCGAAGUAACGCAAACGGGCUGCAAAUUUUGCCAAUGCCCCAAUUUGCCUAAACAAGGCAGCCGAAAAACGCUACAAAGAGCGCAUCCAAGAAGACAAGUUUCCAAGUUUCGCAAGGUGCGAAAUAACGCAAACGGGCUGCAAAAUUUUGCCAAUGCCCCAAUUUGCCUUAGUUUUUAACUUCUAAAUUCAAGCCGAUGCGGGAAACCGCUGCUUGAAAAAUACUAAUCUCUGUUAGGCUUUUACUAACAAAUGUGGUUGGAUUUUUAAUUUUUUUUUAAAAAAUUUGUAAUUAAAUCUGUAAGCCAACCACAUUAACUCACACACUAACUUUUUCACACUCAAAAAAAAAAAAAGGUUUUGGUACAAUGACAAGCGUAAAAUAAAAAAAAAAAAGAGAAAAUUUUAAUUUUAUUUUCAUUGAUUUCGUAGAAGAAAUAGAAUAUCUAAUUUUUUUUUUUUUCUUUUAAUGAAGGGUUCCAUUGAAUAUAUAAUUUAAAAUGGGAUGGUUUAGCUCUAGCAAGGAGGCAAGUGACAACACUGCCAAUGUAGUAAAUGAGGUAAAAAUAAUCGAUCAUAGGGAAGAUAUUGAAUCCUUGCGACUUUUACUACUAAUUAUAACAGUAGUUCUAGUUCUACAAUUUUUGCUUACACUUUAUGUUAAGCAUAAUAAAAUUAUAAAAAAAAGAUAUGUCAGCAGGGCCAACCAUCUAGAUCUGGUUUAAAAAAAAAAAAAGAAAUGAUCAAGAAGCUACAAUCUAAGAAUGGAAUGGAGCGAAAUAGCGAAACGCAUUGACGACUUUCGCUAUAGAUUUGACAAAUCUUACAAAUGCAUUAAUAGAGAUGCAGUAAUUAAACCAGAGACCCUAAAAAGCCACACAGAAAUUGUAGUAGGCGAAUAUAAUAAUAUAGUUACUUUAGUAAAUAACUAUAAAAAUAGAUUCACACCUGAGCACUGCAACAAAUGUCUAAGGGUAAUAAAAUCCCUUAAUACAAGAUUAAAUAAUAUCAAAAACAGGAGACAUAUUGCAAUUAACGUGCCAGAAAGCCUAGAUCAAUUGGUGGAAUUCGAUCCUGACCAGUUCAAAGGGCUAGAUGAAUCUAUUCAAACAGGCGACGCUGAAUCCGAUAGUGACAUUGAAACACUAGAGGAAAGCGAUCAAAUCGAAUUUAAGCCUGAACCAAUAACAAUUUCCGAAAUGGCUCAGACAGUAACAGAAUUCAUCAGGCUAGCCACAUCUCUGAUACCAGAGUUUGAUGGUAGGCAUGAAAAUCUGCAAAGCUUCUUAGACGCUCUAGGUCUAUUAGACAGCUUAAAGGGCGCUCAUGAGACAACAGCCGUAAGCCUUAUAAAAACAAAACUUAAAGGCCUUGCUAGGAAUCUCAUCAGUAAUGAGCAAACAAUUAAUGAAAUUAUUGCCCAACUGUCGACUGCAGUAAAAGGAGAAUCGGUAGAAGUCAUAUCUGCCAAGCUCCUCAAUCUGCAACAGAAAAACAAAACGGCCAACCAGUACACCCAAGAGGUGGAAAAACUGACGAAGGCCCUUGAAGGCGCCUAUAUCAGUGAAGGUAUCAGCCAAUCCAUUGCAAAUAAAUACAGCACUACAGCAGCUGUAAAGGCCAUGACACAAAAUUGCUCCAUCGAUAAAGUUAAACUUAUCAUGCAAGCAGGCACAUUCACAAACAUGAAUGAAGCCAUCUCCAAAUUUGUCAACUCUUGCACCGAGAUAACAGGUCAAAGUAACACUGUUCUCCAUUAUCGACGAGGUGCAAAUAACAAUAAUAGAGGAGGCCGAGGUUAUAAUCGUGACAGAAAUAACUACCACAAUUACAACCGAGGUAGCAGUUACAACAAUAAUAACUAUAAUUACCGUGGAGGAAGACGAGGUCAAAACCAAGGAAGAGGCCGAGUUAACUCCAAUCAGAGCAAUAACAACAACAAUGUGAGGAUGUUGCAAAAUACGUCGGAAAACUCACAGAACCCUUUAGGAAACAAUCAAUAAAUGCAAAAGUUCAUACCAUCAAUUAUAGUCUUAAUACAUUCGUAACCUUCUAUAAUCAUUCAACUGAAAAUAAACUAACAUUCCUCAUAGAUACGGGUGCAGAAAUCUCACUUUUAAAAGUAAAUUCUGAUAACUUCAAAA